AUCCAGUUUGUCCUAUUCUCCUGAGCUUCACUUAAAGCACCGUCUAACACCAACACCCAUCCAGACGUUGUGUAUCUCAGCAGGUGAGGAGGGCAGGUGGUGGACCUGGAGGUUCAAAGAGUUCCAGACCCGUCCUGGUGAUCAGGGAGACCAACAUCUGACCUCCUGCCCUCCACCAUCCAUCCAUGAUGGGCCAGGAGUUCAGUAAACCCACCUCUAACCCCUUCCAGAACUCCAAACUGUUCCGCUCUUUUAAACGCCCCCCACCCAGAAACCCCUACUUCGACCGGAACUCGUCUAACUUCCACUCCCAGAGCAUCUUCGCCACGCUGAGGAGACCUCCGGCCGACAAACCCAACGACUUCAUAGCUCUGUUCAGCGAAUGCAUCUCUGUCGCCUCGACCAGAACCCAGGAGUUCCUCGCCUUCAAAGACCCCGAGGACAAGUUCCACCCGAGUCCCGAGGUGCUCACUCAGGUGUUCCUGAUGACCUACAUCACUCAGAGCGUCAACCUUAAAAUGACAGACUCCUUCAACUGCACGGCCAUGACGCCCGAACAGCGGAUCCUGCUGGGCGCCGACUGGGUCUGGGCCAUUCUGGAGAAACCCACCAAGAACCCCAAAGUCCAGAUCGCGGUUCAGGUUCUACACCUUCCUGAGCGGGAGGAGGCCGAGGAGAACCCAGAGUCCUGCAGCGAGUCGGUCCAGAUGGCCCAGAAGGAGUCCAGCAACAGGAACGUCUACGAGAGGAUGGUGGACUUCUGCAGCUCCGUCGGGAAGGACUGCUACGCCUUGUUCUUGUUCUAUGGGAAGAAGAACGACAAGGAGAACAUCUACGGCGUCCUGAGCAAUAACUUUGACGCUGCCAUCGGGAAGUGCAACAAGAUCGACAGAGCUUUGAUCGAGAACUUCUUCAAGGGCUCGAGGUAUCUCCACACGCCGACGGGAAUGAUGCAGGCGAUCGUCACCAAAAAACAGGGUGAUCCCUUAACGCUCAUGGUUAAAUUCAGCUCAUAACACGACACGAAACAUGGGAAGCCAUAGAAAUGUAGAGGAUACUGAUACUGCCUUUCAAAAAUGUUGUUCUGAGGAAAUUUAGACACCUCAGAAAGAAAAUUCUGGUUAUUUCAAGCAUUUUCCAGUUGUUGACAGUGAAGUUUUCUGCUGUGUAUCAAUAGUUCUGCUUUCCAAUAACCUCAUUAAAGGGAGAACUUUAAAACAAGAACAAAAAGGUGCAGCUAAAAGUCUUCAGGCUGAUUUAGCUACUCGGGUUUUGGUGUUCAACUGAAAAACUAGGGAGGUCUAUAGACUGUAUACAUCAUAAAACAUGGACGUAGCAACUUUGGCAUCAUCAAUUUGUUUGCCGACUACCAUGUUGAAGCCUCAAGUUUGGCAUUUUGUCAAACUUAGUCUUCUGAAACUAGAUAUAAGAACUCAAAAAGACCAUACAAAGAGAUUAAAUGAAGAAAUUGAACACAUAUCUGUGUUUGUCCAAAAACACAACACAUGAACACAGCAAGCCAUAGAAACACAGAGGCCACUGAUACUGUCUUUUAAAAUGUUGAAUCUGAAGUAAUUUAGACGCCUUUUAAAGAAAAUUCAGGUUAUUUUCAGCAUUUUCCAGUUGCUGAUGGUGAAGUUUCCUGCUGUUUGUUGACACUUCCUGUUUUCUGACAUCAUAAUUCAGUAACUCGUUCAACAUCUAACUUUAAAACAAGAAUAAAGCAGUGCAGUUAGACAUCUAGACACCAACGGUCUAGAUAUACAGGGGGUCCUCGGUUUACGGUGUACGGCAUUUUGUCAGAACUGGUUACAUGGAACUAUUUGGCGAGUGGACCGGACGAAUACGUCGUCACGUGGCGCUAUAACAUGGCUUUGUUUACAUUCGCCAGUUGUACACUACGUUGGAUUGUACUACAUUCGCUAACUUCUUGCCUUUCAUUAUGGCUCCAAAGCGUAAGUCAGACUCUUCUGAUGGAGUUCCAACUCACGGCGAAAAUCGUCUUACAUCAGGUCGUAGGAACAGAACUCCAACGUAAGUGAAGGACCCUCUGUACUUGGUUGGGAGUAAAAGUCCUGCUUUUCCAUUUUUACUUACAUAAAAAUAUGUAAUUUUUGGGGUAAAAAUAUACUAAAAAGCAAAAGAACAUAUUUCAGAAUAAUGGAUAUCAUAUUAAUACGUGAUAAUUAUUGAUGCAUUAACGUGUUUGAGGACUUUGUAAAUUUCCCAGUGGGGUUUAAUAAAGUUUUAUUUCAAAUAGUUUGUUGUCAAUAUUUCAGUCAGUAAUGAGGCGUCACUGCAGGACGUUCCAACAAUAAAACAACCAGUUUAUCUGUUGAUUAUAGUUUGUCUUAUCAAUGCGAAUAUGAAAAGUAAAUGGAAACAUCCCAAAGUUGUAAUGUAGUGCAGUACUUGAAUAAACAUGUAUUUUUGUUUCAACAUGUCGAUUAGAAUAUUUAGCAUUUUACCAAUGAGGGGCUGAACCUGUUGAUUAUUUUACAGACUUUAAUGCAAAAAUGCAUCUACCUGAAACAGCAGGAUUAUUAGAAAACCAAUGUGUGUAAAGUGUUCAUUUAUGGAUUAUUUGGUUUUGGGUGGAAAAUAUAUUCUAAAUACAUUUAAAAACACAGGAAGGAUAAGAAUGUUUUCAUGUGUUUUUUACUCCUGUUGCUGCCACAGUAUACCAAAUAGUCCAAAAAGUACAGAAUAGCAUGUCGCCUAAAGAACGUCAUAUUGUAGCAUGUUGCCCAAAGAACGUCAUAUUAUAGCAUGUCGAUAAAAAAACGUAGUAUAGCAUGUCGCUCAAAAAAAGUCAUAGUAUAGCAUGUUGCUCAAAAAACAUCAUAGUAUAGCAUGUCGUUCUAAAAACGUCAUAGUUUAGCAUGUGGCUCUAAAAACGUCAUAGUAUAGCAUGUCACUCUAAAAAAGUCAUAGUAUAGC